AUGGCGCCCUUUUCAAGCCUCCGCGCCACCUUUACCCAAGCAUAUCCUCCUGCACCAGCUUUUACUGAGGCAGAUGCACCCCCAGGCUCGCAGAAUGGCCGCGUUUUUAUUGUGACGGGUGGAAAUGCGGGUAUUGGACUUGAGCUGUGCAAGAUUCUCUACGCGAGCGGGGCAACUGUCUAUAUGGCGUCUCGGUCCCAGACCAAAGCAGAAGCAGUCAUCAAAACGAUUACAGAGGCGUCAAAAUCCAAAAAUACGAGUGGCAAACUGAAGUUCCUGCAUCUGGAUCUAAACGAUCUCUUGAUUGUCAAGGCCGCAGCAGAAAGCUUCGCGCAGCAGGAAGAUAAACUAGAUGUACUGUGGAACAAUGCCGGCACCGGAGCUAACAUGGUCACGAUUGGCCAACGCACAGCCCAAGACUUCGAGGCCAUGAUAGGAAUGCACUGCAUUGCGACACUUCUCUUCACUAAGCUCCUCCUCCCACAGCUACGUGCUGCCGCCGCUUCUGGCGAGAGUGGCAAGACUCGUGUCAUCUGGACAUCGAGCGCGCUAGCAGAGGGGGCUCACCACCCAACGGCCUCAAUUUCGACCUCGGGCACCUGGAUUCUCAGUCGAGAAUUUGCUCGUCGAUAUUCCAAGGAUGGAAUCGUCAGUGUCUGUUUGAACCCGGGCUUUUUGAAGACAGCUUCCUUUAAUGGGACCCCUGCAGCCAUCAUGUUCGUCUUGAACAAAGUUCUCCUGAGUGAUGCCAUCUACGGCGCAUACACGGAACUUUAUGCUGGACUUUCUUCCGACAUUACGUUGGAAAAUAGCGGUUCGUACAUCAUUCCUUGGGGCCGGAUCCGCCCCAAUGAGGCUACUCCGCGACAGGACCUCAUCAAGGCUGGUGAUUCUAAGGAGGAGGGGGGUCUGGAUUAUGGGAACAAGUUCUGGGCCUGGUGUGAAGAGAAAUGGAACAGUUAUGUUUAG